UUCAUUACUUUUAUUUUAUAUUUCACUUUAUUACUUUACUUAUGUGACAACAUGGACAGCGACUUUUUCUGUACCGAGUGUCAGAUUCCAUUCACUGCUCGUAGCUCCUUGUAUCGCCACAUGAGACAAAAACAUGACAAAGAGCCAAGAGCUGUUUAUCCCAAUGCGUGUGCUUUCUGCCUUAAAACUUUUAAAUUUAAAUAUUUAUUAACUCAUCAUGUGAGCCAAGUUCAUAAUAAUAUCCCUAACCCUUCACUUGCCCAAUCUUCUUUGGUAUCUUUUGAAGACAUUACACACCUUUCCUCCUCCACUAAAACAAAUAUAAAGCAUCCUUCUUUACCCACCUCAUAUACUACUACAUGUUUGACAUCACCUUACAAUUUACUUUCACCCACAUCAGAUCCUCUUCACAAACAUCCCCACGUAAGUUUAUCGCCGCAUCCUUGCACUUCCUCUAUUAAAGUUCAAAUUCACACGCCUCCCACUCCCAGUUCCCCAAUCAGUUCUAAGGAAAAUUUUACAGGUACACCAUCAACAAAAGAGAAACUAAGAUGUCCACUUUCUGCUUGCUCAUCUUUUAUCUCUGCUCCUUCCAUAUCAGAUCGUCUUCACAAACAUUUCCACGUAAGUUUAUCGCCACAUCCUUGUACUUCCUCUACUAAAGUUCAAAUUCACACGCCUCCCAUUCCCAGUUCCCCAAUCAGUACUAAGGAAAAUUUUAUAGGUACACCAUCAAGGAAAUCCAGAAUAAGAUGUCCACUCCCUCCCUGCUCCUCUGUUUUUUCUAGGUACACAGGUUUAUACGAUCAUAUUGAGUUUUAUCACAAAACUACAAUUGAUUAUGAACAGUUUGUGUUUCAAAACAUUAAAGAUUUUGAAUUGUGGAAAACAGACAUAGAGCGGAAGGAGUUUUCGCAUUAUGUAAAAUGCAAUUCAGGAUAUAAAUCAAAAACUGAUGACAAGACAAUUUAUUUCGAUUGCCACAGGUCAUAUACAUAUGACCAAAAACCCACUGUACGCUUGUUUACUAAAACGAGCAACAAAACCGGAUAUGCUUGCCCAUCAAGGAUUAGUUGUACUAUUAAUCACAAUGGAACAGUUCAUGUUGAAUUUUGGAAGACACAUAUGGGACACAGUCAAGAUAUAAAAUUUAUUUCGUUAGAUAAGAGCCUGAAAGAACAUAUCAAGGAAAAAGUAAUCAGAUCACUUAAAGAUAAAAAUAGGCAAAAAUAUCGGACUGAACUUAAGUUUAUUACAUUACUAUACAUAUGCUAG